AUGGCAGGCAUUAAUGUGGCAGCAUUUGCUCAUAGUCCUAUACACAAAGCCAUAAUAUUGAAGGAUUAUGCUAAUCUUAAGGAGAUACUUGGAGGGUUACCAAAACUUAGUAAUCCGUAUGAAAUAAAAACCGAGGCUGCAUCGAUAGCUGAAGAUGAAAAAGCGGCUGCGAUUUCUGCGGUGGUAGAUAGAAGAGAUGUGUUAAAUGGCGACACACCUCUUCACUUGUCUGUAAAACUCGGUGAUGUUGACGCGGCUGAAAUGCUCAUGGCUGCUGGUGCCAAUAUUAGAUUGAAAAACAAUGAAGGCUGGAGUGCUCUCAGACAAGCUGUCAUAAACAAACAGGAUAAAAUAGGAUUGAUUAUGAUCAAGUAUUCUUAUAACGAAAUGGACGAAAAAUGGUUCCGAAGGUUUCCUCGUUAUUUCGGGACAAUGAGAAGGAUGAGAGAUUUUUAUAUGGAGAUAACAUUCCAUUUUGAGAGUUCUGUUAUACCUUUUAUCUCGAGGAUUGCGCCUUCGGAUACUUAUAAAAUUUGGAAAAGAGGUGCUAAUAUGAGAGCUGAUAUGACUUUGGCUGGUUUUGAUGGUUUGAGAAUCAAAAGAUCUGAUCAAAGUGUUCUUUUUCUUGGCGAUGAUUCAGAUGAUGAGAGAAUACACCCGGGAUUUAUGUGUUUGAUUUCACAUGAGAAAAAAGAAGUUGUUGUUCCUUAUUUAACUAGACCUUCAAAACCAGAUGAAAAAGAAAUGAAACAAUAUUUGGCGAAAAAAUCAACCGAAGCUAAAGUUGUUAGGGUUGGAAUUGAUGUGAGUCAAGCACUUCUUGUUCCUCAAAUAACAUGGAGGAGAAAAGAGAAAAAAGAAAGUGUAGGGCCAUGGAAAAGUAAGGUUUAUGAUAUGCAAAAUGUGGUUUUCUCUGUUAAGUCCAAAAAGGUUCCUGGUGUUCAAGCUCAGGCGAAGUUACCUGCCAAAGAGAAUCCGAAGAAGGAGAAUGAAAAGCUUGAUGAUAUUUUGACCGAUGAAGAAAGAAAGCAAUUAGAAGCUGAAAUGAAUUUUACAGAAGAAAAUUAUGGUCAAAAUAAAAAAGAGGCUAAGAAAGGAAAGAAAGGGAAGUCUAGUGGACAUAAAGAAAAGGAUCAUCAUUAUCACAAAGGGAAAAGUACCAAAAUUAAUGGUUCCAAUUCUGCUAGCAGUAGUGGUAGUCACAAGGAGGAAAAUGGUGAGAGUGAAUUUAAAAGAGGGGUGAUGCCGGUACUUUGGCUUUCUCCAAACUUUCCGUUAAAAAUUGAAGAGUUUUUACCUUUACUCGACAUUCUUGCGGAAAAAGUUAAAGCUGUUCGUCGUGUUAGAGAACUCCUUACAACAAAACUUCCAAAGGAAACUUUUCCUGUCAAGAUUGCAAUCCCUGUGGUGUCAACAGUUAGAGUAUUUGUUACAUUUACAAAGUUUGAAGAACUACCAAAAGUAGAUGAAUUUGAAUCAGCUCCAUCAAGUCCUACUUCUGCUGACUUUGAAAAUGCAUCCGAAGAAGCCUCAUCAUCGUCGUCGUCGUCAUGGUUUCAGUGGAUAAGAACUCCUUCUCAGUCCAAUUUAUCUGCUGCUGAAAACUUCAGUAAAGCACAAGACCUAUUUACAAUUCCCUCUGAAUAUAAAUGGGUUACUAUUGAUUCAAAGAUAGAAAAGAACAAGAAGAAGGAAACAAAGUCAUAA